GAAAAAUUCAGUUCCAAAUGAUCUCUAAAGAGGAUUGGAAGUGCAUUAUCCAACGUGUGCGGAAUCAGCCAUUAAGAAAGACGCAAGAAGAUCUCUGCACCAAGAUGAUGAAGAUCAUUAUAGUCCUGCUGCUUGCAGUGUUGAUCCCUCCUCAGUACACACGUGCUCAGUCAUGUACUCAGUCAUGUACAGUUGAUAAUGUGAUCAACUUGAUGGUCAAGUCAUCCGCUGAAGCAAUAGUGUCUUCGAUCCUGUCAAAAGUCGAUAUGAUUUGCACCAAUGUGAGCGCACGUGGGGCUGAUGUUUCCUGUCCUUCAGGUUACAAGGCUACUUCCUGUGCUUGUGGAAUGGCUUGUGGCUCCUGGGAUAUUCGUGGUAAUUCUGAUUGUCACUGCCAGUGUCGUAAUAUUGACUGGACUUCUGCCCGAUGUUGCAAAAUAGGUCUUCUCAGCGAAUAGUGCCACAGAAGCAUGCUGGCUAUUUGGCUGUAGCUACUAUGCUCAAUAAAAGCAUCUAUAAUUUGUAGAA